AUGGCGAUAAGGUUUCGAUUAUUUAGCAUUUUACCAUUACAGUUGAGGAUUGUUGUCUUCAUUUGUUUUAUCAAUUCAUGCUUUAGUUUGAAUUGUACUAAUGACCCAUGUAUGUAUGGGAUCUGCUUAGAUAAUGCUAAUAGUUCAUACUCAUGUUAUUGCAUUGAUGGUUACACCGGAAUUAAUUGUGAAAUUAAUUUCGACGACUGUUGGUCAACCCCUUGUCUAAAUGGUGGAACAUGUAAUGAUGCAGUUGCAGCAUAUAAUUGUACUUGUCCUGACGACUACAUUGGAACUAAUUGCGAACAAAAAUACAGUGAGUGUAUGAACCAACCGUGUCUUAAUAAUGGUACUUGUAUUGAUUAUAAUGGCUUUACUUGUCAAUGUCAAGAAGGAUACUCAGGAGAAUAUUGUGAAAUUGAUAUAUCAGUUUGCAAUACCACAAUUUGUAAAAAUGGGGGUGAGUGUAUUGAUGGGCCUGGAUACUCGUAUUCAUGCCAGUGUCGUGAAGGAUGGACUGGUGAGCUUUGUGAAGUCGACGUUGAUGAAUGUCUCAGUUCUCCAUGCGAGAAUGGUGGACUUUGUUUGAAUAUUCCAGGAACUUACACCUGUGCUUGUUUGUUUGGUUUUACUGGGAAAAAUUGCGAUAAAGUGAUAGUUGCUUGUGAACAAAACCCUUGUGCAAAUGAUGCUAUGUGUCUUUUAGAAGACGAGCAGCCAACCUGUUAUUGUGUCCCAGAUUAUCAUGGUCAAUUGUGUGAGCUGCGUUACAAUGAUUGCGAAUCAAAAUUUGCUCAUUGUGAGAAUGGUGGAACAUGUAUUGAUGGUAUUAAUAGCUUUACGUGCUCUUGUCCUCCAGCUUUCACUGGAGAAACGUGUUCAGAUCACAUUCCAACUUCAGCCACUGAAGUUGACACCAUUGAUAUAUCAAAACCAGGUCUGCUUACUACCACUACAACAUCGAGUUCCCAUUAUUAUACACCGGUUGAUGGUUAUGAUUAUUUCACGCCAACAACUCUGCGACACCUGGAUGAAGCAACUAAGUUUCCAAGUACUUAUGAGACAACGUUUUUUGCUGCUUCUACGAGCGGUGAUGGAUUGAGUGUUGACAGUGAGACUGAAAGUCCUACUGUUAUUGAUAACAAUGAAACAUACUCUACCUCUCCAGUAGCUACGUCUAGCUCUAAAGAUUCUUCAUCAUCAUAUGAAGAUACUACUGCCUUUGAGACUACAACUGUCUUCCAAAUUUAUGAAACCAAAUCAACGGAGCCAAUUACAAAAAUUUUUUCUACUACUCAAUCUUUCGAAACCAUUUUCACAUCUAUCAAAACACCUGUUGUGUCAUCUAAUGAGACUGAAGUAUCAGCAAAUUUUACAACCACAAUCCCACUGACUUGGUCAGCGCCAAUAGAAAACACUACAUCCUUAAAAACAACCUCUGGAGUUGUUAGUACUGAUGACGGAAGAACUUCGAGAUAUUAUACAUCAACAGCUCCUUCGACUAUCAAGAAAAUUAAUGAUACUCGAAUGCCUUUGACUUCUCCGUUAAGUUUGACGACUGAUGCCGAUGUUAUUACCGUUUUAAGUGAUGUUACCAGUGAUGAACCUCAUUUGUUAACUUCAACGACUGUUGGAUAUUCUGUUAGUCAGAAGGAUGAUGAUGAACGCUCUACCGUUUCUUCUACACCUUGCCCACUUAAUGAUACAACUCACUGCUGUAAUACACCAGAAUGCAAACAAUCUGCUGCUAUCACAAAUGCUGCAUUCAAUGGAAAAUCCUAUAUACGUCAGCAAGUAAAUAUUGAUGAGAAUGGUUUAUUAAAAAUUUAUCUCCGGGUUAAAACAAAGUCUAAAAGUGGUAUCAUCAUGCACGCAUUUUUCGAUGAGGAGAGAUAUGUUUUAUUAUAUAUGGAAUUAGGUCAGCUGAAGUUUCAAUUUUCUUGCGGACUUCAGACAAUGUUACUUGGAGAAAUUGAUACUCCAAUUAAUAAUGGACGUGAUGUAGACAUAGAAAUGAGAUUUAGAUACUUAGCGGAAAAUGAAGUUGGAAAAUGUGCUGCUAAACUUUUUGUUAACGAUUCAAUGGCUAUGAGUGGUGAGCAGAUGCUUUCAGCUCAUGAAGCAAUGCCUAGACACGUUCGCUUACAUCUUGGCGGAAUUCCUCAGGCAUUUUCACAUUACUUUCCUCGAAUUGGCCUAGGAUUUAUUGGAUGUAUGAGUUUAAUGAAAGUGAAUGAUGUUAAAAGACAUUUCAUCCUCGAUUCUACUGAGACCUUUCAAGUUGAAGAAUGCACAUCAUUUUUAUGUUUACUUAACCCAUGCAGGAAUUUUGGUUCUUGUCAUGACAUUAAUGGCCAAAUUCACUGCAGAUGUAUCACUGGGUAUACUGGAGAAUUUUGUGAAAGAACAGUUUGCGAUGAUAAUCCUUGUUAUCUUGGAUCUACAUGCAUUACAUCACCAGGUACUGGAUUCAUUUGUGUCUGUCCUCUAGGAAUGCACGGUCUUCGUUGUGAAGAAGAAUCUACCAUAGUUCAGCCGUCAUUUUCAGUAUUUAUCCCCGGGUUUUCAUCAUAUGUAGCUUAUGGUAUUAACGCAGCAAUCAAAGAUUACAUGGAAUUGAAGAUGCGUAUUAUCCCUCAUUCUAUUGACCAGAUAUCUCUGAUAGCUUAUAUGGGUCAAAGUGGAUCAUCCAAAGAGAUUCCUGAUCACUUUUCCGUGACUUACGUCAAAGGAUAUAUCAUGCUUACAUGGGAUCUGGGCUCAGGCGUUCGGAGGAUAUUUACUAAACGCCCUUUAUCAACAAGAGCACACAAACCUCAUACUUUGCAUAUAGGUAGACGUGGUAGAGAUGCUUGGUUGUUUGUCGAUGGCAUCGGUAAUGUUACAGGCCAAGCUGCUGGUACGAUGACACAAUUGGAUGUAUCUCCAUUGCUUUACAUAGGAGGCCAUAAAUCGAAAAACUUUGAAGCAUUACCACAUGAUUUACCACUUCACACUGGUUUCACGGGUUGUAUAUAUGAUAUUGAAGUACAUACAGAGAAAGGAGUGAUUCCAGUAUCAAAAUCUAGCCCUGCUAGUGGUCGUGGAGUUGGAGAAUGUCAUCGAAAUGAAUGUACACAUAACACAUGUAAAAAUGGAGCAGUUUGUUUAAAUCACGGUCCUACUUACAGUUGUAUUUGUAUGAAAGAAUGGCGAGGACCAGAAUGUUCUAUUCCAGCGAUAACAUGUUCUUCAGAUUCACAGUGCCAGUUAACCAAUAUAUAACGUUCAAAAGAAUAUACUAUAAUUGAAUUUAUAUAAUAAAAAUGGGAGUAGUGCAAUUCGUUUGAUGGAAUAGAAAGAAGUGAAAUUUAAGAAGUUAUAUUGUAAUUAAAAUUGAUUACUUACAAAGAUCAUUAUUUAUUAUGUUGAUAUUAUCUAUGUCUAUG